CCUUUUUCUAACAUGAUGAUCUAUUGGCUGAUGUCCUGGAUGCAUACCAGUAGUAAUAUGGUAUCUGAAACCAAAGUCUCGCACCUCGUCAGAGAUAUAAUGAUGGCAUAUGAUUUUAACCCCAAGGACCUUGAGGACUUUUUGAUAAGGCAAAGCUUGCGGGAGUUGGAUACGGACAACAAGGGGAGAAGAGUUACUUUUCUGGAUGACUGGAUCGAGACCAGCAUCACUAUUAGCAUUCCAACAAAGUCAAAGGAGGAAGACCCUCAGCCAUAUACUACUCCCAGAUUCCACUAUUGCCCUCUGCUCGAGGUCAUACGUGCGGCAUUUGCAGAUGUCCAAGCCAGGGCAUUUCAUCUGUCACCUUUCCAAUGGUUGUGGAAAGACCCUCUGGAUGGCCACAAAGAGUGGAUUUUUGAUGAGCUUUACACUUCUGAUGCCUGGCUGGAGGCUCAAGACCACCUGCAGAAGUUGCCAAAGGAGCCUGGGUGUUCAUUGGAAUGCGUCAUCGCAGGUUUGAUGUUAAUUUCCGACACAACCCAUUUGGCAAACUUUUUAGAAGAACUGAGAGUUCAAAGUCAAUGCACUUAA